CGCCCCCGGACCCGCCUCCGGAGGGACGUCCCGGGCCGCGGCCUCGCCUCUAACGGGGCUGCGGCGGCGGUAGGAGGAGGGACCGGCGCAGCCCAGACCCGCGGGGCGGUUUCUUUCCCGGCCUCCGCUCCGGUGCCGGGAUCGGGCCGCCGAGCCCCCCGCUCCGGUGCCGCCCCCGGGAGCGCAGGCGCGGCCCCGGUGCGCGCAGCUCCCGCAGCUCCUCCCGCAGCUCCCGCAGCUCCUCCCGCAGCUCCCGCCCUUUCCGCUUCCGCCGCCGGAGCCGCCGCCAUGAUCGGGGACCUGCUGCUCUGCGGGACGCUGCUGGUGAACGCCGGUGCUGUGCUCAACUUCAGGCUGAGGAGGAAGGGCACGGAGGGCUUCGGCGAGGAGACGAGGGAGCCCAGCACCGGUGACAAUAUCAGAGAGUUCUUGCUGAGUCUGAGGUAUUUCCGAAUCUUCAUUGCCUUGUGGAAUGUCUUCAUGAUGUUCUGCAUGAUCGUGUUAUUUGGAUCUUGAAAGUUGCCCACAAACUUGUCUGUUAACUCAGAAGAGACUUUUGGCUGGAAGCAUAACUUUUCUAAAAAGCAAAAGAUGAUCAUACUUCCAAAAUACAGCCCUGGGAUUGUGGCCUGUUCUUCAGUACAAGCUCCUGACGUGCUCAGGGGACAAGACAUUUCCAUCCUUUUCAGCCAGUUUUGUCAUAAUCUGGUUCCUGCUGGUUCCCUCACAGCCAGGGGGGGAUUCAGCCCUUAGGCCCCUGAGCCAGAAAUCUUCAGAGUAAAAUAUUUCACCUUUACUGAAAUAAAAAGAACUGUAAAUUGUUUUGUGAGGCCUCGGGUGCUGUGCCCAGCGUGCUGGGUAGGACUGGAGUGUGACUGGCAACUGGUCUUAAAACUCUGUAUUUUUAGUCACUCCCAGCUCGUGGCAUGUUUGCUGUCAAGGUUACUUGGAAGUCACACUUGAUUCCCAGUUUUAUAAAGUAGAGCAAAGUAUUGGUGUAACUUCUCACCCUUCUGUUGAGUUUUGUUGGGGAAGUAGAAAAGGAUGUUUAAAAAAAAAAAAAAAAAGCUAUUCUCACCUUCUCACUGUUUUCCCAACAAAACGCUUUUUAAAAUAAAAUGUCAGACUUUUUUUUGUUUUUCUCCUAAGCCAACAUAAAGGGAUUUUGAGUAGGGGAAAAUAGCAAAAACAAUUCUACAAGCCAGUCCUAAGGAAUGGUUUUGGAAUCGUCUUGGAUUUGAUUGAAUAAAGUUGUUCUAUUUAAGGGUAAA